CUGCAAGCCACUGAUUUACAUGAGAACCAAUAAUAAAGGAGUAACAAACGCGCUGAAUGUGUUUCCGCACAAGACGAAGACGCACGUUUUUUCUGACAGCAGAGGAUUUCUGUGUCUUUUUUUUUUUUUAAAAACGGACUGGAGAAAGCAUUGACAGAAGACGGUGGAUUCUCCUCUUCUCUCAGCCAUCUUGACUGCUUCUGCUCGCCGCACUGAAGGCUGCUACAUUCAAAGUAAACAUAGCCGUGCACGCCACUCGCAACUCCAUGCAAGCUCCACGGAGACGCGAGAUGGGCUCGCUGCGUGAAAUCUGACCGGACUGAAAGCCGGGCGGGGGGGUGGGGUGGAGGAUUUACGGCAGUAUUUGGAUCAGGAAAAAGGAGACAAGACGCACCACUGCUUGGAGAGAUGGAGCCCGACCUGUUUGGGAUUUACCUGCUCCUCUCUCUCGCCCUCCUGCCUAGAUCCAGCUGCACCACCGCUAAGGAAAUCACAUGUCAAGAAAUAGCCGUGCCGCUGUGUAAAGGUAUCGGCUACAAUUACACCUACAUGCCCAACCAAUUCAACCACGACACGCAAGAUGAAGCAGGACUGGAAGUCCACCAAUUCUGGCCUCUGGUGGAGAUCCAAUGCUCGCCCGAUCUCAAGUUCUUUUUGUGCAGCAUGUACACGCCGAUUUGUCUGGAGGACUACAAGAAGCCGCUGCCUCCGUGCAGGAGCGUGUGUGAAAGAGCUCGGGCUGGCUGCGCGCCCCUCAUGAGGCAGUAUGGCUUUCCAUGGCCGGACCGGAUGAAAUGUGACCUGCUCCCGGUGCUCGGCAACCCAGACACGCUUUGCAUGGACUAUAACAGAACAGACUCGACCACCGUGUCGCCCGUCCUCCCGAAGCCCACUAACCAUCCCGCCAAGGGUUUCAACCCACCUAAGAUGAAGCCAGGUAGACCCAGUCCGCCUCGGAAGUACAAGCCGGCUGCGGGUGCCUGCGAUCCGGGUUGCAAGUGCUUGGAGCCGAUGGUUCCGGUCAACACGGAACGCCAUCCGUUAUACAACCGCGUGAAAACUGGCCAGAUUACCAACUGCGCCGUGCCUUGCCACAGUCCCUAUUUCACCCACGACGAGAGGGCUUUUACAGCUUUCUGGAUCGGACUUUGGUCCGUGCUGUGUUUUGUGUCAACUUUUGCCACGGUUGCCACCUUCCUCAUAGACAUGGAGCGCUUCAAGUAUCCAGAGAGGCCCAUCAUCUUCCUCUCCGCCUGCUACAUGUUCGUGUCCAUCGGCUACAUCGUCAGACUCAUCGCCGGGCACGAGAAAGUUGCCUGCAGCAGGGACUUGGACGUGGAGCACAUCCACUAUGAGACUACGGGACCGGCACUGUGCACGGUGGUCUUCCUUCUUAUUUACUUCUUUGGCAUGGCCAGCUCCAUCUGGUGGGUCAUCUUGUCUCUCACUUGGUUCCUGGCAGCAGGGAUGAAGUGGGGCAACGAAGCCAUCGCCAGUUAUUCCCAGUACUUCCAUUUGGCGGCGUGGCUCAUCCCCAGCAUGAAAUCCAUAGCGGUUCUGGCUCUGAGUUCUGUGGACGGGGACUCGGUGGCCGGGAUCUGCUACGUGGGGAACCAGAACCUGGACAACCUGCGUGGCUUUGUCCUAGCUCCUCUGGUGAUUUAUUUAUUCAUAGGCACCAUGUUCCUUUUGGCCGGAUUUGUGUCUCUGUUCAGGAUCCGCAACGUCAUCAAGCAAGGCGGCACCAAGACUGAUAAACUGGAAAGGCUCAUGAUUCGAAUCGGGGUCUUCACGGUGCUCUACACGGUUCCGGCCACUAUCAUAGUGGCGUGUUAUUUCUACGAGCAGCACAAUCGGCAGAACUGGGAAAUAACCCACAACUGCUCCAACUGUUUACACGAGAGGGACCGAAGGAGGCCGGACUAUGCCGUCUUUAUGCUCAAGUACUUCAUGUGCCUUCUAGUGGGCAUCACAUCCGGAGUGUGGAUCUGGUCCGGCAAAACUUUAGACUCUUGGAGGACUUUCUGCACCAGGUGCUGUUGGGGCAGCAAAGCCACGAGCGGCUCCAUGUACAGCGACGUGAGCACGGGACUGACGUGGAGGUCAGGCACGGCCAGCUCUGUGUCUUGCCCAAAGCAGAUGCCAUUGUCGCAGGUUUGAAUACAAGAAAAACAAAAAGCAGCUUAUGUGGACUGCUAAUUGUUUGGGAGAUAACCCAUCACACCCUGUCUUAAGACAUUUGCAUUGUAAUGAACUGCUGCUGAGGUGCUGCCCUCCUUUCUCCUCAAACUGUGGGGAGAACUUUGAAACAAUGUCCAGGCAUUCACACAGGUUUAAUUCCUCCCUGUUUAUAUGGAUUAGAGGCUCAUCUCCUAUUUUUGGGGGGCAUUACUUGUUGUAGCCAGUAACAAACUUCAUACAAAGCUUUU